CAGUUACAUGGACAUGUUAGCUGUAAUUAGCUUAACGUUAACAGUUGUAUUCCUCAACAACGAAUCAAGUAAACAUGAGCCACACGUUGGACAAGGAUCCAUCUGCUAAAGAAAAGCAGCCGUCUGAAACAACCUGUCAAACCUGCUGCAAAUGUUUAAACCAUCCCAAGACAGAUGGGCAGCACAGAAUGAAGCGACUGAAGACCCUCAGGGACAGGAGACAGAUGAGAAGCGGAGGGAAAAACGCAGCAAAGACAAAAUCACAUCACCAUCACUGCUGUCGCCAAGCCAGGAUAGACACAGCACAUUCCUGUAACUGCUGCCACGGUGGCUGCAAUCCAACAAGAGAUCCACUAUUUGCAAAAGUGGUUCCUGCUGCUCAGGAGCCCAGCAUCAUCACAGACCACCGCCUGAUCGGACACCACGGCCUGUUCAACCAUGAGGUGAAGUCUGUUGACAUUGAGCGCUUGUUAAGUGAGCAGAGGAAGAUGGACAACACUCAAGAGAAAACACACAAAGAGAAUCCUAAUCUCUCACAUCCGUCUCCACCAUCUUGCGGUAAUGCUUUCGUGGACGAUGAAGCUGCUGAGAAUUUGCCAUUUGAGGAUAAAAAAGAACCUUCGUCUGACACUAGUGCUGACUGUCACGAAAUACAGGAGAAAAUCAGCCGUGGAUCAGAUCUCACACCGGCACAGAGACCCCACCAGCAACGUCAUCGUUCACCUGACAGUUAUAGAAGCAUCUUCUCAUCCAAACACAGCUUUCUCGAUGUAGUAAUCAGCACGGAUAAGAAGAAGGUCCACUCGGUCACACGUGAAAAGGACAAAGAGUCUCCUUUGUCGCUCACGCUCCACGACGUGGAGACACCGGUGACUCCGGAGAACAAGGCUCCAGCUGCUCCACAAACACACACCUGUGGUGUCAGCCCGAGCUCACCUCCGCUCUCGAGCUUUGGCUCGCAGCACAGAGGAGAAGAUCCCGCGUGUGUGUCUUUCAUCACAGCGACGGCAGCGCGUCUGUGCGACAGUCUCCAGCUCCCACGUCUGUGGAGGAGAGACCUGCUGGCAGAGAGCAGAGAGAGGCUGUUGAUGGUUCUGAGGGCCAGGCGAGGACCGUGGCUUCAGGAGAACCUCCUCACGGAGCAGCAACACGUCAGUUUUGGUCUGGAGUCAACCAUGACGGAUGGAGAUGAAGUCUUGUCAGCAGUUGUAGAUUAA